UAUGGCUUCCCCUCCAUCCUUGAACCUCUGGGUGGGGAUUGUGCUGGUGGUAAUGGUGGUCGUGGUGGAGCUCCCAGGAGUCCUGCAGAGGUGCAUCUUUGAUGAGCUUCAGGUCAGAGUGGUCAGCGCUACAGACAGCCCACCCAAGGAGCUCAGGCUCAGAAGGUCAGAGGAGCAGAGGAGCAUCCUGGGAAAAUCUGGCUCACCUACUCCUACCUCACCACAGCCAAUGAGGAUCCGGACCUGGAUUCCGAGAGAGAGCGACAGCCUAUCAGAGGCUGAGAAAGGAAGGCUGGAGGCAGCGGUGGAAGAAGCUGUGAGAGUGGUGUCUUCUUUACUGUCAGUGAACAGAGUGCCGGGCCCUUUACUGCUCAGCAGAGACAUCAACAAAUACUGCAAGUUUCUCUGGAGGGAUUCAAGUACUAUCAACUACAACAGGUGUGGUAGACCUAACAAAAACUACGGAAGUGAAACUUGCCUGGAUGCGACCGUGACUUUCACCUCUUCCUCAGUGUAUCUUCUUGUUCCUCAGCCCAGUGUGUUGGCCUACGCUGUUCACUGCCAGACGGACAGUCACGGGCGACCUGUAGCUGGGGUGGUGGUCAUCUGCAGCGACCGGCUGACAGGAGCCACAUUCAGCCACCAGACUACAGUACAGACUGUCAUUCAUGAAUUGUUCCAUGCACUUGGAUUUUCUAAGGAUCUCUUCAGCACCUGGAGAGACUGUUACUCCUCCUCCUCUUCCCAAGUGGGUGCUGAUUGUUCUCCUCGAGGCAAAGUGAGUCACUCUGACGGAUCCGGCCACAUGAGGAUUUACACCCCGUCUGUCAUUUCAGCCCUGCAGAAGCACCUGGUGUCCAGCGAUCCGGAGCUGGGAGGACCACUGGAGAACCUGGAAGCAGCUCCAGGCAGGGUGUCCUCACACUGGGAGUCCCGGGUCCUGCAGGGCUCCAUUAUGUCGGCAGUGCUCGGGGAUCCUAGCACAGUUCGGAUCGACCCAGUGACCUUAGCUGCAUUACAGGACACGGGCUGGUACACCGUCGACCUGAGCCGGGCUCAGAGUCUGGUCUGGGGAGACGGUGAAGGAGCCAUGUUUGGCUCCCUGUCAACCUGCCAAGAUAACUCCUCAUCCUUCUUCUGCACUGGAAGUGGACGUGGAUGUCAUUUUCUUCAUCUCCACAAGGGGGAGUGCCAGACUGACCAAUACCUGGAGGGCUGUCGAGUGUAUAAACCCCUGCAGAAUGGAAGUGAAUGCUGGAAAAAAGAAAGCAGCAGGUGGACAGCUGAAGAUGAGCUGAGCGGGGAGAGUUUCGGCUUUGACAGCAGAUGCUUUCUCUCCAGCCUCAGCACACAGAACCAGAGUCAGGUCAGCAGCUCUGUGGAGGGCCGGUGUUAUAGGCACAGGUGUACCGGACCGAACAGGUAUCAGAUCCAGGUGUUUGGCUCUGAGUGGGUGGACUGUCCAGCAGGGGGCAACAUUCAGAUUAACGGACACAAUGGUGCAGUUUUCUGCCCUGACAGGAGGUUAUGUCUGUACCCUGAUGUGACUCCUCCCUUAGAUGAUGUCAGGACACUUCCUGCAUGCAUCAGAUGUGAGACUUCUACCUCAGCCCAUGAUGGGACGUGGUCUCCCCUCAGACCACCCACAGACCCACCUGUAUCCACAGCGCUGUGCUUCACUGCUGCUGCGUGUCUGCUGGCUGCACUGAUGGUGUCCUGCUGGAAAUGUCGCUCAUGUAUGUUCAGAACACGCAUGGUGGCCCCUGACCAGCAGGGUCAUCUGUAGAAAGCCUGUUCUUAGAAAUGGGCAAAGACGAAAUUUUUAAUUUUAAAGUAAAUUAAAAAACUGCUUUUACUUUUAUUUCCUGGGGUGUUUUUAUUUUCUACCUUUGAUUGUCUCGCUGUGGAGUUCUCUAUCAGCAG